GCUCCAUCUCCAUUUUUUCUUCUCUCUCUCUCUAACUUUCUCUCUCUAGCGAAGCAAGGGGAAGAAGAAGAAGAAGAAGAUGGAAGGAUAUCCGGCGUACCCGCCGUACCCAGACUCCGGCAACUCCUCCCCGCGAUCCCGCGAGAUCGACUUCGACGCCGCCCCCUGGGACGACCAGCAGCCGCCCUCCUCCGGCGGCGGCGGCGGCGGCUACAAGGCCAAGUUCAUGUGCAGCUACGGGGGCAAGAUCCACCCCCGGCCCCACGACAACCAGCUCUCGUACAUGGGCGGGGAGACCAAGAUCCUCUCCGUCGACCGCCACGUGAAGCUCGCCUCCUUCCUCGGCAAGCUCUCCGCCCUGUGCGAGCUGCCCCCCGACGGCGUCUCCUUCAAGUACCAGUUCCCCGGCGAGGACCUCGACGCCCUCAUCUCCGUCACCACCGACGACGACCUCGAGCACAUGAUGCACGAGUACGACCGCCUCUCCCGCGCCUGCUCCAAGCCCGCCCCCGCCCGCAUGCGCCUCUUCCUCUUCCCCGUCCACAGCCCCCACCCCCCGCCGCCCCCCUCCUCGGCCGACGGCAAGUCCGAUCGGGACCGCUUCGUCGAGGCCCUCAACUCAGGCCCUUCCGUCCAGGAGCCCGCCAAGCCCCCGCCCGGUAAUGCCGAUUUCCUCUUCGGGUUGGAGAAGGGGGUCGUCGCCGGUGCCCCGCCGGCCGCGGCGGCGGCGGUUGCUGCGGACCCGGUGGCGGCGGCGGCGGCGGCGGCGGCUGUCCAGGACGGUCGCGUCGGGAUCCCCCGCGAGGAGCGGGUCGUGGCGUCGGAUCACGGGGUGAACCCGCUCGACAUACAGCGGCAGCUGCAGGAGCUGCAGAGGCUGCAAAUCAGCUGCGGCGGAGGUCCUGGGCAAGAAGCCGCCAUGUACAGGAGGAAGAGCGACGACAACAUGGCGAAUGCUGGCUGUUACGGAGCUGAUAAUUACUACUUGCAAAAGCUGGCACAGGAGAAAACGCAGCAGAUGACGAUUCCUACGGGUGUGCCACAGGCUGCGACGGCUCCCCCAGGGUAUUGGCAGGCGGAGAAGCAGAUUGCGUCGGGUGGUUUCCCAGCGGCUGUGACGGGUUCGCCGGAGCAGCCGAUGUACAUGAUCCCUGCUCCGGGAACCAUUUACCACGCGCCACCGCAGAUGGUGCGGCAGGUGGCGGCGGGUCAAGGGUACUACACCCUCCCCCAACCGCAAAGGUUUUCUCCUGACGUUUACCGGGAUCAGCCCGUGUACAACGUCGUCCAUCCGCCAUCACAAGCGCCGCCGCUGUCGGCAGCAGCCCCGCCGGCUCUUCCGCCACAGACCCAGUUGUCCCGGGUCGCUGGGGCCAGCCCGGAGGGGGUUGGCGUUGGAGCCAUGAGGCACAGCGGCGGCAGCGGCAUGGCGGACAACAUGGCCUACGCACAGUUGCCUUACGACGGCGCAAGGCAAGUGUUCUACACGGCGGCCGGAGGGAUGGUGGUGCCACCCCCGCAAUAUCAGGGAAUGACCGCGGUGAGCGCCGACAUGAGGCAGGGUGGUGCGGUGUUGAAUCAGGAGGGUAAGGUGGUUGCUGCAAAAGUUUCACAAGGUUCACUGUGAUUCUCAUGGAAAGGUAUAAUCAUGAUAUAUGGUAUGUAAGAAAGAACUGUUGUAAGUUAUGCAUAGAAUAAGAGUUAUUGAUGUCUCUUCUUGAUAUAUAUGAUGGUAUUGUGAAAUUUCCCUGGGUUUUUGUACGCACUGGUUGAGUGCAGAGAUCAGAACGAGUUUUACACUGUUGAUAAUAGCCUAUAAUCUCUCUA